GGGUUCUUAGAUUGAGUCUACAAGUUUGUCAGUCAGGGGUUAGAGUCUACGUGGUGAGGAGUGGAAUAAUCCUGAUUGUGCACCUAUCACCAUGGUGGAGACCCGUGCUGGGCUAGAGACUAACCCCUAUAGCAAGGAGCAGCAAGAAAAGAUGGCCGCCUUAGUCAGAGAGAACAAGGAGAGAAAAGAGCACGAGAAGCAGGCGAAGCUAAAGGCUAUCGCAGAUGAGCAGGCGGCGAAGAUGAAGAGGUUGGAGGAGGAGAUGAAGAGGGUACAACAGGAGGAGGAAGAAAAAAGGAAGACUGCUGAAGCAGAAGCGGCAGCAGAAGAAGAGAAAGAGAGAAUGAGAAUUGAGAGUGGAGAAGGGAGCAGUGGUGGCACGAUAAAGUGGGAGACAGAUACUGAGCUGGAGAAGAAGAUCAGCGAGUGGGUCGCUAAUUUAUCGUUGGGGGAAGACGAGGAGGCGGAGUCCUAUGUGACUAAGGAUGAGAAGGCUGCGCUGGCCGCUGAGCUAGCAUCCAUGACAGACCCAAUGGAACGAAGAGAGAAGGAAGACGAGCAAAAGUUAGCAUGGAAGUUGAGAAUGAAGAGGGAGAAGAAGAGGAGGAGAGAGGAAGUGAAUGAGAUGACCGCAGCAGUGGCAAAGGUGCAGGAGUGUAGAGCGGAGGUGCUGGCCCAGCCGGAUGAUAAGGCCAAGUGGGACAAGGUACUGGGCUAUCUAGAAGUGUUGAGCAAGGCCUGGAUGGACGAGCGCCAGGCAAGUUGGAGCCAAGAUGUAGCCUUGAGUGCCAUGCGGUGAGGGUUUAGAGACUUUGCGCACGAGAUCGUCACCCAUAUUGGGGGCGAAGUCAAACAGUUG